GAACACUUCCAGAGAUGCUACAAAAGAGGAACGUCCCUUUAGUUUCCUUCCUUAUAGUUAAAAGUGGAAUCCAGUAGCCAUCUGUUGCUAGAGACAGUCAAAAGAGGAUGUUGAAGCUCGUGCUCUGAGCACCCCACGUGUGAGAGGACAGCUCUGCUGUAGCAGAAAGGUCUAAAAUUCAGCUGCUGCUAGGAAAAAACUGUUGUGCGAGGAUUCAUCUGCUGAUGCUUGGAUACAUGGAAAAGAUAAAUGAUGGUGAGGGCCACCCAAGCAGCAGCCACCAAACCCUGAAAGGAACCUCGAAAUGGGCCACAUCACUGGAGAACCUCCUCGAAGACCCAGAAGGAGUCAAACGGUUUAGGGAAUUUUUAAAGAAAGAAUUUAGUGAAGAAAACGUUUUGUUCUGGUUAGCAUGUGAAGAAUUUAAGAAAACACAGGGAAAAAAGCAGAUGCAGGAAAAAGCUAAAGAGAUUUACAUGACUUUCCUGUCCAGUAAAGCUUCCUCCCAAGUCAAUGUUGAAGGGCAGUCCCGUUUGAGUGAGACCAUCCUGGAGACACCUCACCCUCUCAUGUUCCAGAAGCUCCAGGACCAGAUAUUCAACCUCAUGAAAUAUGACAGCUACAGCCGCUUCCUGAAGUCGGACAUCUUCCUAAACCAGAAGAGUGAGGAGCAAGAGGAGAACUCACCAGAGGCUCAGACUGCAGCUAAAAGAGCAUCAAGAAUUUACAACACAUGAGACACAAGGGAUCUCUUCAGGAGAGGCCAUACAAUAAGGAAAUUACACUCAGGAACAGUCUAGGUUUAUAGCAGUUGCAUUUAGGACUUGGAAAGCUCAGAACCUUUUUAGGAGAUACUUACCUUCUUAAUUGCUUGAAUGACUAAUUGUUUUUGCAUGAUAGCUAUUAACCAAGCACCCAUGGAAGGACUGUUCCCCAGCUAAAAGGCUGAGGUAUUCCUCCCUAGCAUGAAUUGCCUUUCAUACUUCACAAGUUAAAAUGCUUUCAGUUCUUUUGUUUUCCUCUGUGAGGCAUCUUGGUGAUGAGAAAUGGGAGAUAGCGUGGUUGGGUUUUUAUUUUUGCCUUGUAACUUUUGUUUGGGACUAGCUUUUACAUCCUGAACUGCUGGGAGAAGCAGCUGAGGAGAACAUUUCACAUUAGUUUGUGGGUGAGUCAUUCGCAGCAAAUUUAAUCAUAAAGGGACAGCAUCUUUCAGGGUUAAGCUCGGUAGAAUCCAAUCCCUUCCUGUGUGACUUUGUUCUUUCAGAGUGGUGUCUGUUUUGCUUUGCCUUUAUUGCUGAAUCAAAACACUUCCCUAGUCAUGAUUUUCAUUUUUGUAUCUCCUAAAUUUCCCCCCUUUUUUUUUGCAGUAGACAAUCACCUUCUUCAGAGGAUGGGAUAACCUCUGUUCCCUUGGGCACAAAGGCUCUCAAAGAGAGAGGAUCUCUGAAGAACUCCUGACUGCCAUUAGGAAAUGUGACAGCAAAUAAGUAAAUAUCCCUCUCAGGGCACACUGGUCUCAGCAAAGCUUUGCUUUGUCCCUCACACCAGUGUGACAUCAGAUGCUGCUAUCAGGAAGCAUCUGGUCUCUCCCAGUCUCCUGACCAACCCUGCUCUGUGCAGCAGCAGUGCUUUGGCAAAGGACCAACACACCAAAUCUGGUUUUGUUUUACUCAUUUUUUUUUCUGCUAAAAUCACCCUGCAGAAUGUUUUUUUUCCCCCACUCAAAUAUUUCAGGGUUUCCUAAUUGUGAUUUGGAGAGCUGCAGUGGAACAGGGAGCUGGGUUUGGGGUUCAGCCACUCUCCCAUCAAGCCGAAGAGCAAGGGGAGUUUAUUUCAGCCCUGUGCAAUCAAAGCUUGGUUGAGAAAGACAUUCCCAAUGAGCAUUCCAUGUUGUCCUGGGAAUGUCAGCACUGCAAAGCACAUUUUGGCGUAGAGUUUUUCAUGUGUUAAUGUAUUUUUUGAUUAAUUCACUGCAGUGUUACUAAAUUGCAGUUUAAGCUGGGAAAGUGUAUUAGCUACUUGCUCUAUUGACAAGCUUCACAGCUGUAGUCUGGCUGUUUCCCACUCUCUCAUUAUUUACUCUUUCAUUUUUUGCGCUGCUUGUCUUGAACUUUUGUUUAUGUGAUGGCUAAUCUAAAUGCACAGUUAGCUUUUGAACAUUUUGUACUUUAUUUUUUUGUCAGAAAGGCCAGAUAUGUUUCAUACAUUGCUGUCACUCUCAAUGUUUAAAAAAUCUAAGUCUAGUUUGUCAUUUUUGAGAAUGCAAAUGCACUUGGUAGACUUGAUUAUUUCUUUUAACUCUGAGCCACUCUUGCAGGUAUUGUGUAAAAAAAAAUCGUUUCCAUGGGCUUUUCCCUAGUUAAAAGUGGGGAUGGAAGUUCUGAUUCUUCCCCUAGAGGUCCAUGCCCUGUUCAUUUUUAGGAAAUCAAAGAGAGAAGAGGUCAGUGCCUGCACUAUAUGCAUGUUGUAAGGUGUAAUUCUUAUGCACUGAGUUAAUGUUCUUUUUAUGCUCUCAAAAGAUUUAAUGGUGAAGUCCUAUUACUUCAGGCACUUUCAGUGGUAUUUGACCUCAUGCUUAAGCUGUAUUUCAAUGUUUUACUGAAUAAGAACGAACUAAACAUGUGCAUGAAUCCUUUUCUUUUUUUUUUUUUCCCCUCUCUGCUGGGGCCUAGGAAAUGGGACCAUCCACUUCUGGACUUGCCAACUAUUUGUAAUCUCAGGAUUACCUCUUUUGAAAAUCCACUAUAAAAACAAAACUCUUAAUGCCUGCCGCAGCAGAGGACAGAGCUUCUGAUAGCAUUGAAGCCCUUGGGAGGGGGCAGCUUAACCAGUUCAGGACUUGGGAUUUGUAUUUUCCCAGUGUUUGCUGCAUUAGUCUUAGUGGUACUGAAAAAUUCAGCAUGGGGACAUUCAUGGGAGAGAUGCAGAACAAGCUCUUACCACAUUCAUCACAUGGAUGCACAGUAGAUUCAUUUUUAAUCAUAUUGAUUUUAAAAAUGCAUGAGCAAGGGGGGAGAGUCUUUGGCUAUCAAUUUUAAAAAGGUAAUAAGAGAAAACAAAACCAGGAGCCUUAUGAACAAAGGUGGGGCGUUAAAGAGAGAAAAUAAGUUUGUUGCUGCUCGUGAACAACCCUUUCCUUGGCAAUAUGUUCCCUUUCAGGUACUGUCUUUGCUUGCUCAGAGCAAAUGCCCCCCAUGAGUAGCACAAAGUGCUUUGCACUACCACAGGAUGAAAGUUACUGAGAUGGAAAUGGAUCUUUUAGCAGCAUCUCUAAUCCUAUGAUGUUUAUUUCAAUACCUGUUAUGUUUCUAACCUAAUGUACCUUAACCCACAAAACUCUUAAUCUUUGAGUUGCUCUUUUACCUCAGAGGUAAAAAGUUGAUGGCACCAUUCUCUUUGUGGUGCCUGGGUUCUUUUUAUUUCUCUACAACACCAACAAGUAGACUUGCAACGUGCAGAAAGCAAAGGUGUUUUUCCUGUUCAUUAGAUUAUCUGUAUUUUUCAGUAAAAGGCAAUCAAAUUAAACCCAUGCAAGCAGAUCUCUGUAAUUGCAAUUUGUGUAUAUGUGGGGAAAGUUGGUAUUAUCACAAACUGGCUCCUGGAAAUAGGGUGACACUUGCUCCACGUGGCACAGAACAAAUCACACAGACAGAAAAAGAACUGUUUCCCUAGGAGUAAAUCCCUCAUUCCAGGAACUGUAAACAUUGCAUCCAACCUCAGGCUGUAAGUGGGUGCUCAGAGUUGCUUUAUGUAGAGAUUAAAGAUAGGAUCUGCUCCCUUUCGUAGAACUUACACUGAAGGUAUGAGCACACAAAACAAGCAAGAGAAGUUUCGUGCCUGAUUGCAUGCCUUAAACUCUACCCUAUUUUGUGUUUCUCAGCUAAAAAAUAAAAAUAUUUACAAAUACACCAAA